UCCUAAGCCUUCUGCUAAUGCUCUAGUUGGACUAAAUUUGAGAGAUUACCAGUGGCAAAGAAUACAAGUAACCCCCAAAAUUUUGUCGGCAAUUACUGUUGCAUGAAAGAAUCAAGAGCAGGACCAAGAUAGACAGUUUCUAGGCAAUCAAUCUAUACAUCUAACAAGCUCUUUUGUCCGUUGCGAAACAAUCAAUUUCCUAACGUUCCUGAGCUGUUACCGUCUUUAAUGGGGAACGCUCACGGCCACCGCAAGAACCGUAACAACCACAAUCACUCUGGCUCUUAUCCAACGCCUAUCCCGCCUUAUUAUAGAUACGGUCCACCACCACAACCCCAAGUCCCAAGCUCCACGACCCAACCCCACAUGGCUCUCUCUUUGCCUUAUACUAAUGUUGACUCCGGUCUUCGAGCCCUUGCCGGCCAGGCCGAGGGCUUUGGUCGCUUCGCCAUUGGUGGGUUGCAUGGUCCUCUCUACCAUGUCACCACUCUAGCAGAUGAUGGACCGGGAUCAUUGCGUGAUGGUUGUCGUAGAAAAGAACCCCUUUGGAUUGUCUUUGAAGUUUCUGGAACCAUUAACCUUUCAUCUUACUUGAAUGUAUCAUCUUAUAAGACCAUUGAUGGACGUGGCCAAAGGAUAAAACUCAUGGGGAAGGGCUUGAGGCUGAAGGAAUGCGAACAUAUUAUAAUAUGCAAUUUGGAGUUUGAAGGUGGUAGAGGACCGGAUGUUGAUGGGAUCCAAAUAAAACCCAACUCCAAGCACAUAUGGAUAGACCGUUGCAGCCUUCGUGAUUAUGAUGAUGGAUUAAUAGAUAUCACCCGACAAAGCACAGAUAUUACUGUUUCUAGGUGUCACUUUUCUCAGCAUGACAAGACAAUGCUUAUUGGAGCAGACCCCUCUCAUGUCGGUGAUAGAUGUAUCCGGGUAACUAUUCAUCAUUGCUUUUUUGAUGGGACUCGGCAACGGCAUCCUCGUGUUAGAUUUGGGAAGGUACAUUUAUACAAUAAUUACACUAGAAACUGGGGCAUUUAUGCUGUUUGUGCCAGUGUGGAAUCACAGAUAUACUCUCAGUGCAAUAUAUAUGAAGCAAGGCUGAAGAAGGUGGCCUUCAAGUAUCUUACUGAAAAGGCUACUGACAGGGAUGAGGCUUGCACUGGCUGCAUAAAGUCUGAAGGGGAUUUGUUUACAGUAGGAACCCAAGCAGGGUUGAUGAAUGUUAUGUCCAACGUGUUUCAUCCAAGCGAAUACUACCCUACAUGGACAGUGGAAGCUCCAACAGAUGCACUUAAGCAUGUUAUUCAGCACUGUACAGGAUGGCAGUCUGUUCCUCGACCGGCUGAGGCAGCCUCGUAGCUGAUUUUGCCUCAGACGUUUUCGCUGCUGCAAUAACCUUGAAAGAUUCUAAACUCUUUUCCAAUACUAUCAACUAAUAGUUGCCUUGUGUAAAUUGCAUCCAUAGGACAUAAUCAUAAUAACUUCAACGUAACGUUAUAUUAUGUUGUGACAAUUUAUGAUCUUGCUUUUCGUUCAAGGGGACAUGGUUUUUACUACGUAGGAUGCCAACAGUUUGAUCAUGGCAACUUUGUUAGCAUUAGGUUCAGUUAAUUGUAGUCUGCCGACCAUAUGAUAUACAAUUAUAAUUUUAUUUAUAAAACUUUACUCUUAUUACUGUUGCAUUCAAUGAAUUAUGAUGCUGGGGUGAUGAUCGAUGAGUUCUGGAAGUUGGGUUGAAAUUAAAAUCUCUCCAGAACUCAGACAAGUAUAAAGUUCCACAUAAAUCUUGUUGGUUGCGGCCCGGCGUUUUAAAGGUAGGUCGUAUCCGUUGGAAAGCCUCUUGCUGCCCACAAAAAAAGGGUGACCACAUAUUAAUCAUGCAUGUCGCUUCAUAUGUUAUUUUUUUAAGAAGGAAUGCAUGACAAUUGUGUAAUCAGCUUAUUCUUCUAUUCUUUUUUUAAC